UACUCGACUGUUAAGUAUAUUAAUCAAAUAUGACAUAUUAAAUAAUUAAUGAAAUGAAUCUACUAUGACUUUUGUACAAUAGUUUUUUGUACUUUUUUAGAGUGAAUUCUGUCUGGGAGCUUAUGGUCAAGUGAUAAGAAAAAAUACUUGGGAUGUCAACACAUUUCAGGUUUGAUUCAGCUGCCAUGUAAAACUAAGUCACAUGUUACUUAAAUCUAUCUAUGAACUGUACAUCUUUUUUGGAAUUAGUUUGGACUCUUCUGUGAAAAUAAAACGGGGUUUUUAAGUUCUACAAAUAACUGACAACAGAAAACGAACAUAUAAAGAUCAACAGAAAUGUAAAAAUAAAAGCUAAACAAGAAGACUGAUUCAGGGGUGAAAUUUGCAUUUGGUCUUUGUUUUUAUUUUACUAGUUAGUUCUUUUAAAUAUUUUUAAAGUUUGAAAUUUUACUAUUAAAAAAACUGAAGGAAUCCUACUCCGAAUCUUAAAAACCUGAACAGAGUUUGUAACUUAAUCACUUUUAUUCACCUUUAAAGCAAAAUGAUGUUUUAUAUUUUAUAAUCACUUUUAUUUACCUUCGGAUGAAUAGCCACGCUGUGUAGAGUAACACCAAAUUUUUAAAUAGAGUCACAGUGCAUGGGAAAACGUAACAGUUCCUCGAUCGUUCCUUCACUUUAUUUGUUUAAAUUUUAAAUGUUACUGACAAAAUAAAUGAGAAAACAUUCGAAAAGAAAGAGAAAAAAAAACACCUGCAUGAGAAAUCAAACCUCAUUAAUUUACAACAAGUUAAUGGUGAAAUGAAAAUGAGUCAGAGAACCCAAAAAUAGCAAAUGUGAUUAUGUGAUUAAAAUGUAGAAAAGGUAAAAUGAUCACUAAACAGAAUCUAUGAAAAAUUAUGUGCAAUCACAUACUCAAAAUUGAAAGAAUUAAACACUAAUCACAAUAAACUCUGAGUUAUUUUCUUGUUUGAUGGUCAAAACAGUCAACAAGUUUAGGUAGAGAGAACUAUAAGAAGUACAUAAAUAAACAUUUCUUUCUAAUAAUAAAGUUUUAAAAGUGAAAUAUUAAAUUAAUAUCUUAAAACACUCCUUGAUAAAAUCCCGCUCACUUCCACAGACAGACAAGCGUCCCUGCAUCUGCAUAAAAGGGAAUUCACUAUACAUUUACUUUCUCUCCAUCUGCCCCCCCAAAGCUCCCAAAAUAACUUUUCUUUUUGAAGAAUUUGAUCUGGAGCCUAGUAAGUUCCCAUCGCAGUCUGUCUCUAUCUUCUCUGUUUUUUUUUUUUUUAUAAAUGUAAUGUUGUUCGCACGCGCACCUGCAUCUUCUCUGUUCCGAUGUGUUUUUUUUCUUCUUGAGAGUUUUUCUGUUUGUUUUCUUGGAUAAAAGAAAAUGUGAGUUGAUUCAUUCCUCCUUGGUGUUUCUAAGAGCUGAUCGAUAAGGUUCUUUUGUGAGAUGAGAUCUUGCAGCUCCACAUUUUUCUCAUUGGUCUGUUUCCUGAGAUAAAGUGGAUGCUUCCUAGAAGAAGAAGAAAGAAGCUUAAUGUACUUCUUUCUUUUAAAAAAUUCCGAUUAUUAAUCGGUAAUAUACACAUUAUUUUGUUUUAUAAACUUUAGAUUAUGGAAUACUACUUUCCCUAAAUCUGCUGCGACUUUUCAAUUUCCCUUCAUUUUUUCAUUUUUUUUUCAUGGUUUGAUGAGGUCGUGAGGGUUUUCCUGCAAUACUGUUUGAUUUUUCUUCAAUUAAGUAAAUGAAUUUUUUUUUUGAGAUUUUUGGAACUUGAAUGUAUCUUCCCCAACCAUUGUUCAUAGGAAGGUUUGAAAAGAGAAAGAGUCUUCUCUGUCUCAUUUGAUCAACUUCCUUUUUUGCACUAAAAAGUUUUAUAUGCAUUGGUUUUUUUCCAUGCUAGCUUCUAUGUCUUACCUGGAUAUAGAUCUGUUGUCUCUCCUAUUGCAUCUUCAUAUCAUUGAUCUUCUACUUCAAUUCCACAGAUCUCUAGUUGAAGCUGAUCUUCUGCCAAGACGAAUCAAAAGGUGUUGUUGGAUCGUCUCAGCAGAGUUUCUCAAGCCAUGGGGAAUGAGAAAGCCGUUUCUGGAAACACCAUACCUCUCCAUCCUCGCCCUAUAACUCGUGCCCUUGCGCGAGCUUCUUCUAAUCUUACAACAUCUUCAGAAGGGGCUGUUGCUACAACACUGAUCAACAACCAGGGAAGGGUUUUGAGAGCAAACAGUAAAAGAACAGCCUCGGAUGAUAAGAAUGCCAAUGCACCUAAGAGGCGAGCUGUUCUUAAUGAUAUCACAAACGUUGCCUGCGAGAAUAAAAUUCAGAUAAAGAAGGGAAGGGCAAGUUCCUCCAGGGUUACAAACGCAGAGGUACAAGUUGUGUGUAAAGGCACAAACGAAGCAUCUUCUUGUAGCUUUACCGAAAAGCCUAGUUCCAAGUUGCCACCAAGACCCCCUGGGAGAUCAACUUCCACAGUUAAAAGAAUCUGUGUUGGAGGAAGUUCCACUGUGGCAAGUAUCCCAAAAUUCAUUGACAUUGAUUCAGAUGUUAAGGAUCAUCUACUCUGUAGCCUAUAUGCACCUGAAAUACACUACAACAUGCGUGUUGCUGAGCUUAAACGCCGACCAUCUCCUGAUUUUAUGGAGAGAACACAAAGAGAUGUGACUAAGACAAUGCGUGGAAUCCUUGUUGAUUGGCUUGUUGAGGUCUCAGAGGAAUACACACUUGUACCUGACACUCUCUACCUCACAGUGUAUCUCAUAGAUUGGUUUCUACAUGGGAACUACAUUGAAAGACAAAGACUUCAAUUGCUCGGAGUCACUUGUAUGCUCAUUGCCUCGAAGUAUGAGGAAAUCUAUGCGCCACGCAUUGAAGAGUUCUGUUUCAUCACGGACAACACUUACACAAGAGAUCAGGUCUUGGAAAUGGAGAGCCAAGUACUGAAGCAUUUUAGUUUUCAGAUUUACACUCCCACUUCAAAAACAUUCCUCAGAAGAUUUCUCAGAGCAGCUCAAGCUUCUCACGUGAUGCCAAGUGUGGAAAUGGAGUUUCUGGCGAAUUAUCUAACGGAAUUGACGUUAGUAGAGUGUGAAUUCUUGAAGUUUCUUCCUUCGGUUAUAGCUGCUUCGGCUGUUUUUCUUGCCAAGUGGACUAUGAACCAAUCAAGCCACCCUUGGAAUGCAACACUGGAGCAUUACACAACGUAUAAAGCCUCGGAUCUUAAAGCAUGUGUUCAGGCCUUGCAAGAACUGCAGCUUAACACCAAAGGAUGUCCACUAAACUCUAUACGUAUGAAGUACAAACAAGACAAGUUCAAAUCCGUGGCGGUGUUCACUUCUCCGGAGCUACCUGAUAGGCUAUUUUGA